UUUGCUGACUCCAAGAAGAAAAAGAAAGUGAAGUGAGCUCAAGCAACAAGCGAAGAAAACUGGAAAAGAAACAUUGCUUUCUGCACCUGUAUUCCGUAUUUCCCUCACUAUGAUUGGAUCAAGGGUCUCUCUAUCAGCCAAUUACAGCGCAGGAGCUGUGUUCUGAUAGAAUAUCCACGCGCAGGAGGGCGGUGCCUACCGGAAAACAGUUCCUUGAGUGUGCCUCUUUCAUGAUGGCCAGACCAGAUCGCUGCUCUUUGUUUGACCUUGUUGUUGAUCUGAAGCUCACUGAUGGACUCAGGGAUAUUUCAGACAUGCAUAAUCAUCAGGAAACUCUCCAUCUCAACAUCAGAGAGGAAUUUCCUGAUGAUAAGAGAGGAAUGGAUGCAAGAAGAGACGAGGUAGUGUCAGACAGGAAGUUUUGCUCUGCGUGUCAGUGCUCGUUUGAAAGUCGUGAAGAGCAGAUGGAGCAUUAUAAACUGGACUGGCAUCGCUUCAAUCUGAAGCAGCGACUGGCUGGAAGAUCACCAGUCACAGUGGAGGAAUUUGAAAAGAAGACAGGAAUGGGUGACGUCUCGAGUAUUUCAGGUUCAGACUCUGAGGAUGAGGAGUCACGCAGUGAGGAUGACAAUAAUGGUGAUGGUGUUAUUUCUUAUGGAGGCCGUUUAACUACUAGGGUUUUGCUCCAAAACUCACAGGGACAGUAUUUAUGUCUUUACCGCUGUGCAGUACAGAAAAGGACAAUAGACAAUGGGGCAAAUUUGGUCGAUUCUCUGCUGAACAUCUCAGAGAAGACGGUGUGGGUGAUUCUGAUGACAGGCGGUGGCCAUUUUGCUGGAGCUGUUUAUAAAGGGAAAGAGGUGCUACAGCAUAAGACCUUCCACCGUUACACUGUUCGAGCAAAACGGGGAACGGCUCAGAGUGUCCGUGAUGCCCAGAAUAGAGCCCCCAAAUCAGCUGGAUCCGCUCUUCGGCGCUAUAAUGAGGCAGCAUUAACGAAGGAUAUUCAGGAGCUGCUGAAGAACUGGGCUGAAUAUUUAAUGCAGGCCGAUGCCAUUUUCCUUCGAACCCCGAAAUAUAACCGAAGUGUGUUCUUUGGAGGCCGUGAAGCACCACUGGGGAAAAAAGACCCAAGAAUUCGAUCAAUUCCUUUUGCUACUCGCAGAGCCACAUUCAGUGAAAUAACACGUGUACACGACGUCCUCUCAGUGCUGCAGAUUUACGAUAAGACCACAGACGUAUCCAGCAUUCUCAGGUUGUCCAAGAGAACGUGGCUGAAAAAACCCUCAAAUGAAACCAAUCGAAAUGCAGCAGUAGGUUACCAGGUAGACCAACAGGAAGAGGAGGAGGAGGAGGAGGAUGAUGUUUCUGUACAGCUGCAGAUGGAGGAUCUGACGUUCACGACUUUGGAUUUAAAGGAACAUGAGAUCAAACCCAGCAAGAAGAAACGAAGAAGGAGGAAAGAAAGAAAACCAGAGGCAACUGAAAAAGAGGGGAAAUUGAUGGAGAAAGAAGACUUUGUCAGCAGGGAGCUAAAGGAUGAGACAGGGAAUGAAAAGGCGGGAAAAGAGAAAACAGAAGGCAAGAAAAAUACGAAGAACAACGAACAUGAUGAAGAAGAUGAAGCGUGUGUAUUGUGUGAGUUCAGCAUCAGAGAUGCUCUCUACACUGCGUGUAAAACGGGUGACACAGAGGCGUUACGCACACUCCUGGAGCAAUACAAGGACGCGCUGAUCCGACUCCUUAACACACCCAUUGACUCUGCCGGAUAUACACUGCUGCACGUGGCAUCAGCAGCUGCACAGAAACAUGCUGUUACUCUUUUAUUGGAGAUGGGAAGUGACCCAACAUGCAGGGAUAGGAAAGGCCAGACACCAUAUGCAGUCGCACCAGACAAAGAAAGCAGAAACAUGUUCAGGAAAUUUAUGGCUGAACAUCCGAACAAAUAUGACUAUGCUAAAGCUCAGGUUCCAGGACCACUGACCGCUGAAAUAGAGAGCAAGAAAGCAGAAAAGAAAAAGGCACAGAAGGCAGCAAAGAAGCAGCGUGAGAAGGAGCAGAGAGAGGAGAAACGAAGAGAAGAGGAGGAGCAAGAGGAGAAGAGGAGGUUUUUAGCACUUAGUGACCGAGAAAAGCGAGCGCUGGCUGCAGAAAGACGACUGGCGGAGCAGGUGGCCACAACGGGAGGAACACUCACUAAUAUCAGGCGAUGCUGGCAGUGUGGAGAAUCUCUGCUGGGGAAAGUGCCAUUUGAAUAUCUAAAUUACUGUUUCUGCUCAACACGCUGUGUCCAAACACACCGUAAAAACAACAGCGCUGCCAAAAUGUAACUCUGGGGAGAGAUAUUGUAAUACUACUGCCACAACUGAAGAGCUUUCACUAUAAUUUAUCCAUUAUUGCCAUUUCAUUUAUCGUAAUGUUGUUAGAGUGACGGUUUGAUUUUUAAUUGUGUUUAAAUUUAAUUAUAUAAUUAUUUACUCAGUACUGACUAAUGAUGAGUAAUGCAAACAUGAACAAAACUGUAAUGGAAAUAAAAAGAAUAAUAGAAAAUAUGACUCUAGCAGUAAGGGAGUGUAAUUAUUCAUGCAAUAUAGUGAAAUAGAAAUUAUAUUUAUUACAACUAAAUUCAGAUAAAAUUUGAAGUGGAUGAACUCAUUCUCCUGUUAUUUGGUCCUUUUUGUACAUUUUUUUUUUUUUUAAUGUCAGGACAACUGAUUGUUUUCACAUUUCUAUCACAGGAGUAUGAAAUAUUUCUAAUACAUUUAAAAUUACUUUCAUUUUCUAAUAUAUGCAGAGUCAUGUUUUGUUUUAAUUAUAUAAACAAUUAGUUAAUAAAUGGUUUUAUUGCUGAAUAUGAAAUCAGAUGGCGCAUCCAUGUUUAUAUUUCAGUGAUAUCAGCACAGAAAUUGAGACAUAGGAAUUUUUUUUUUUUUUUUUUAAACUAGCAUCAUUUUAAAAAUGUCUGUUUAUUAAUAUCUAGGGCUUUUUAAAGCCCUGUUAAUAAAAACAACAUUUAAGACAUUUUUAUGGUUUAGUAACAUUUAUAUUUUUUAUUCUUAAUGUCUUAAAUAUCACACAUUUAUUUGUAGCAUUGUAUAUUAAUAAAAUGGUAUUUUACUUGAAGUAAACACAUAAAUAAUACUAUAAUAUAUAAGGUCAAAUUUGUGCAGCUUUCUGGUAAAUAUGAUCCAGAAAUUAAAUUUGUUCUGUCAAAGUUAAUUUUAUUUAUUUAUUUAUUUUUUAAAUCAUAGAAUUUUUAUUGGAAAACCGCAUUUUUUCAUAACACCCCAGCCAACAACCCCACCAUACUUGGCCCCAACAAAAUAAUCACUGCCAAAACCAAAAGAAAGGGGGAAACAAAAAACAACAAACAGAAAAAAACAAAACAAAAAAAAACAAUUAUAAAAUUUUUUAAAAAAAGAUAAAAAGUAAGAUGAUUAGUAUUUAGCGUCUACCUUCCCUCAAUCCACCUCCAGGGUGCGUACAUCAUUGAAGUAGGUAAUAAAUUGUUGCCAUUUUCCCAAAAAUGAUUCACCCCUGCCUCUGAUGUUAUACUUGAUUUUUUCAAGUUUUAAAAAGAACAUUAAAUCUCUAAGCCAGACUGAUAUAGAGGGGGGUUGUGGAGAGGUCCAAGACAGCAAUAUUCUGCGCCGAGCAAGUAACAAUGCAAACGCCACAACACUAGCUUGUUUAUGGUUCAGAGGCUGACGCUGAGAUGAAACACCAAAGAUGGCAAUUAAAGGACAGACAUCCAAUUUGAUUUUAAGAACGUCAGACAUAGUUUUGAAGAAAGAGUUCCAAAAGUUCUGCAAUUUGGGACAGAGUGCAAACAUAUGACUGAGGUUACAGGGCGAAAGUUUGCAUUUUUCACACGACAGGAACAUUGGGAUAUAUCUUAGAUAGUUUACUCCUAGAGAGGUGAGCUAUAUGGACCACUUUAAAUUGUACGAAACUAAGUCUAGCACAUGACGUGGCAGUACAUAUAUUAUCUAACGUUCUGCCCCAGUAAUCAUCCUCAAGCUCCAGGCCCAAUUCCUCUUCCCAAGCACUAAUGGUUUUGAUAUUGUAAGAAUUGUCCUGUGCCCAGAUCGUUGCAUAUAUCUGUGAAAUAAUGCCACCCUUAUGACUAUUCAGUUUUAACACCUCUUCCCAUGCAGACUUUGUAGUUAAGGAGGGAAACCUAGCGAAUAGGGAGGAGACACAAUGCCUAAUUUGAAAGAAACGGAAUAGGUGAGAUGGAGGCAGGCUGAAAGACGAGGAUAAUUCAGAAAAGUUUGCAAACACAUUAUUAAUGAAAAGAUCCUCAAAGCAUUUCAGACCCUUCUUUUCCCCAAAAGAGAAUGUGGAAUCUAUAAAGGAGGGGGGAAAGAGAUGGUUAUUACAUUUAGGUGCCAUGGUUGAGGCCAAGAUAGAUUUAAAAUGUCAGCGAAACUGAUAGAAAAUUUUUAGAGAGGUACAUACUAUUGGAUUAUCCUUGUAGUGUGAAAGGGGUAUAGGAAGGGAGGAGAACACCAUAGCAGGGAGGGAAAGUUGAAAUACAAGACUUCACUUCUAAGUGGCACCAUGGAAGAGAGGGGGUCUGCAUCCAGAGCUCCAGUUUCUGAAUAUUAGCCGCCCAAUAAUAAUACAUGAAAUUGGGCAAUGAGAGGCCACCACUUAGUCGACUCUUUUGAAGUGAAAAUUUGGAAACCCUGGGAGUUUUUCUUGCCCAUAUAAAAGAGGAGAUUAAUUGGUCUAUAUUCUUGAAUAAAGAUUUGGGUAAAAACAAAGGAAUGGACUGAAAAAGGUAGAGGAAUUUUGGAAGAAUGUUCAUUUUUACUGUGUUUAUUCUACCAAAAGGGGAUAAUGCGGUCACUAUAAUCGUUCAGGUGCUGGUCAAGCUCGUCAAUACAUCGCCCUUGUGAUUCAAUACCCGAUUUGAAACUCUCAAAAAGAUGCAACAACUGGGGUCAGAGCUGAGUGAAUAGCUGCUUUCACUUGUACUGCGAUGGUAGAUGUUAGCUCCGCGAUCAAAGUGGUGCGGAGGUUUUCCAGGUCAAACAGUAGCUUGUCACCAUGACUCGUCAUGCUCGGUGAAGAUUUAGGCUUCCGUAGUCUUUCAGAAGCCAUAAGUCCUUUCUAGUUAUAAUUGUAAACCGAGUAAUUGAAAAUGAAGGCACCAAAUGUCUUAAAAAAGAUUCAGGUUGCCUGAAAAGCACAAUUAAAAGAUAAAAUGCUCGAGAAC